CUUGCGCAUGCUCGCUGCAGCGAGAAACCAGCGAAGAAGAAAAGCCGGACGUUAGCAACACGCAGGUUUUGUUUGUAAAAAUAAAAAAAAAUGUGUCAGGUUAAAAAGCUGAGAAUGUUGAUGGAGCAGCGACUACAUUCUGUCGUGGAAGAAAUAUUUGGACUGUUUGAAAGAACCAUAGCACAGUACGAGGAGGAACUUUCUCGGACGAAAGAGGAAAACGAGCGACAACAAGAGCUACUGGAUGCUGUUUUCAAACCUCAAGUUGUGCUACAAAGAGCAGACGUCCAGCAGGUGUCAGCCGAGAGUCAAGAAGAGAUUCCCUCCGAACAGCAGGAGUGGAGCUCCAGUGUGGGGAAAAAUGAGCUGGAGCCCCCACACAUUAAAGAGGAGGAUGAGGAACUGUGGGAGCAUCUUCAAAGGUUGGAGGAGGCUCAUGAUGAAGAUGAAGCUCAGUCCUUACAGCUUCAUUACAGUCAAAGUGAGGAGAGAAGAGGGGCGGAGCUUCUAACUCAACACAUCACAGCUGAUGGAGAGCAUUGUGAAGAUAUAAACUCAGAACCAGACAGCAUCUUUGCUCCACUGUCAGAUAAAGACGGCAUGUCAGACUCUUCCGAGCGCGAUCACAGUGACUACAUCCAAAAACCUUUGGAGAAUAAUAAGAACUCUAAAGAUGUUAUGAGACAUCAUGCUGACAAAAAACACUAUAAUUGUUCUGAAUGUGGGAAAUCAUUUAGACAUAAUAGUCGUUUUGUAGCACACAUCAGAAUACAUACUGGAGAGAAACCUUUCGCUUGCUCAGUUUGUUCCAAAAGAUUCUCUACAAAGGAUAACCUGAAAAAACACAUGAUUGUACAUUGGGCAGAGAAACCUUUUGCUUGCUCAGUGUGUUCAAAAAGUCUGUCUUCUGAACGUCACCUUAAAAGACACAUGAUGAUACAUACUGGGGAGAAGCCCUUUCCUUGUUCAGUUUGUCCUAAAAGAUUUAAGACUAAAUCACAAAUGAUAUUACACAUGAGAACACACACUGGGGAGAAACCCUUCACUUGCUCUAUUUGUAGCAAGAAGUUUGCCAGUAAGGGGAGUAUGACCCAUCACAUGAAAUCGCACACGGGGGAGAAGCAAUUUACUUGCCCACUUUGUCCUAAAAGAUACACGAAAAACGCUGCUUUGAUUGCGCACAUGAGAACUCACACUGGGGAGAAACCGUUUAGUUGCAACGUAUGCGAUACAAGGUUCAGAUAUAAGUAUCAGGUCAAUAGACACCAAUGCUCAGCAGACUCGGACGCUGUUGGGCAGUGUGGCUCAGGUGUUAGAGCAGUCAUCCAGAAUUUCGAGGGUAGCUGAUAUGAAUCGAGCUUUUGCCGUCCUAGUCCCUUCACUUGUGUCCUUGGGCAAGACCCUUUACCCACCUUGCUCCCAGUGCCACACACACCGGUGUAUGAGAGUUUGUGGCGGGACAAAACACAAUAAGUAUUUAAGUCUGCAAGGACUUAAUUAUAAUCAAACUGUGACUGUGAUUUCAGUUGAUGUUUCUCUUCUGUUUACUUCUAAAGUUGUAUUUAGCAAUUACUAAAUACUAGUUACUUUCUUAUUUGCUCGUUGUGAAUAGACAUUGUAUCUUUUUCACUUUUUUUUUUUUAUAAAAUACAUUUGUUUUCCAAUUACAUAGAUUUCUUUUCUUUUAUUAUUCAGUGAAAAGUAUGUAUGAAUAAAAUUGUACACAACUUUUGGACUUCAGGCAAUUUCCUAAAGACAUCAUGGAUGGGUGUGUCCCCUUCAGAGGGGUUGUUGUCCUUUGCAGUCUCAGUGGUUCACUUUAACACAGCUUUUAUUUGAGUUCAUUUUAGUAACAAUUGAAUGCAAAACAUACAUCAUAUUUAUAAAGCAAAAUCAUACACAACAAUUAUAAUUUAUUCAUGAAUAACAAAGUGGGACAACUUUUUUGUUUUGUUUUUUAAAUAGAACACAACUACUAAGAAAUACAAAUACAAUAUUUGUUGAUUUGUAUGUACCGUAUUUUUCGGACUAUAAGUCGCAGUUUUUUUCAUAGUUUGGCCGGGCUCCAGUGCGACUUAUAUAUGUUUUUUUUUUUAAUUUUAUUAUGCAUUUUCGGCAGAUGCGACUUA